AACUAAAAUAACAAACGACUUUGAAUAUAUUCCCAAAAAGCAUUAAAAAAAAUAGAAUACAUUCUUAUACUUCCUUGUGUGCGACUGCGCAAUUGUUCAUCCGUCAAAGCUUAAACAAACCAAAUUACAGAAAGAGAAGCCCUCAAAGCUACUGAGAGAGAGAAUGGGAGCAAUACUGUCAUCAUUAUUUGGCACCGGUGAGGCAUAUGCGGCGGAAGGCCCGGCGGAGGGUUCGUCGGAAUCUCGCGUACUCACUUUCCACUCAGCCAAUCGCUGGCAGCUGCACUACAAUUCCUUGAAAGAUUCCAACCAAUUGUUGGUUGUGGAUUUUGCGGCGUCCUGGUGUGGGCCCUGCAAAGUCAUUGAGCCGGCGGUGAAGGCCAUUGCUAAUAAGUUUCCCAGUGUCGAAUUCGCCAAAAUCGACGUCGAUGAACUGCCGGACGUGGCGCGAGAAUUUGAGGUGCAAGCAAUGCCGACAUUCAUCUUUAUUAAACAGGGAAAGGUGGUGGACAAGGUGGUUGGUGCCAAAAAGGAUGAACUUGAGAAGAAGAUUGCAAAUUACACAUCAUCGUAAUCAAUAUCCUACUUUGGAGUAACAGGCAGUAGAAGCUGCCCCUAAGGCAAUGUUCUUUGAAUUGUGGCAAGAUUAUUAUCUCUAGUUUGAUGAAGACGUUGUUUAUGAGCUUUUGUUAUGCACAUCUUGUCUAUACGUUUACAUCCUUGAUAUCGCAGCAUGUUAUUGAUUAUGCAACUGCUGUCUGUAUGAUAACAAUGGCUGAUAUAUUCUGUCAUACUCUCUUCUUCAUCUUCCUGUUAUGCUCGAAUCUUUAUUCAUUUUGAACUUUACCUCGCACCAAUGUGAUGGAUUUGAUUAA